GGCCGUUCACCUGGCUUCUGCCAUCAGACCUGACUUUCCGGAGCUGCUUUUUCACCCCCAGCCUGUCAUUUCAGCAUCCUUCUACCUUUCCUUGGGUGCAGGAAAAGCCAGAGCUGUGCCAUGGCAGAGACUGGAGAAGAGGAGGCCGCGUCAGCCGAGGCGUCGGGGUUCUCUGACUUGAGUGACUCAGAAUUUCUCGAGUGUCUGGAUCAGGAAAAUAACCAAGAUGCGAGUCCUCCGCUUAGCAACCCAGGCCCUUCCUCUGAACUCCCCGCAAAGGAUGGCACAGGUAGGAAUUCACCAGCACGCAAAAGAGAACUGGAUGUCUCCUCGCCCCUGGAGCGCCUCCACCUUAACUAUUUGUAUGUCACAGACCUGUGUGCUCAGAACUGGUGUGAACAACAAAUGGUCUACGGGAAGGAGCUCCCCGAGCUCUGCACGCCGGAGCAGGAAGCCGCCUUGGACGCGGGUGCCAGCAUCCACCUGGCCCGAGAGCUCGAAGUUCACGAUCUGGUGAACGUGGCCAUCACCGCUAGAGAAGACGCGUGGGCAGUUAAGUUCCUGAACCUCCUGGCCAUGAUCCCGGUCCUGCAGUCGGAAGGGCGCGUCCGCGAGUUCCCGGUGUUCGGGGACGUGGAGGGGGUGCUGCUGGUGGGCGUCGUGGACGAGCUACACUACACCUGCAAAGGGGAGCUGGAGCUGUCCGAGCUCAAGACGCGCAGGCGCCCCAUGCCCCCUCGGGAAGCGCAGAAAAAAAAAGACUUUCUCCAAGUCAGCCUGUACAAAUGCAUCUUCGAUGCCAUGGUCCGAGGGAAGGUGACCGCCGCCAGCCUGGUCCGCCACGCAGACUUGCGUCCGGAAAAGCCCCUGGGGCCCGCGGUGCUGCGGCACGCCCGCCAGGGGGGCAUCUCCGUGCAGUCCCUGGGCGACCUCAUGGAGCUGGGCUUCUUAGCCCUGACGCUGUCCGACCUCCCGGCCAUCGACAGCUUGAAAGUUGAGUAUAUUCACCAGGAGACGGCCUGUGUGCUGGGCACAGAGGUCGUGCCCUAUGAGGAGGAGGAGGUGCGAGGCAAGGUGAGGCACUGGAUGACCUACUGGACGGGCCAGCGAGACCCUCGUGGGGUCGACGUGGAGGAGGCCUGGAAGUGCCGCACGUGCAGUUACGCAGACAUCUGUGAGUGGAGGAAGCGGGGUGGGGUGCUCAACGCUACACCGGAGCCCAGAGCCAAGAAGAACAGAUGAAGCAGGACAGACACCUGCAG